AAUGUAAGUCACAUGUUGCCGAGCAAAGCCGAACUGGAAGUCGCUGCUGCUGCUCCGGGCACAACGGUGGAUGGCAACCCAGACGAACAUGGCGACAGGCGAGAGCACGGAUACAUUAGAAACUUGGCUGAAUAAAGUCACAGACCCAAGUAAUACGAAAGACAGGUGGGACUGCAUUCAAGGGUUCUAUGAGAAGGUCAACAGAGAAUCAGAUGGGCCUCAGGUUGCCACUCGUCUUCUGGCCCAUAAGAUCCAGUCUCCUCAGGAAAAGGAGGCAUUGCAGGCACUUACACUCCUAGAGGCCUGCAUGAACUACUGCGGGAAGAGAUUCCAGAGCGAGGCUGCGAAGUUUCGAUUUCUGAACGAACUCAUCAAAGUUCUCUCACCAAAGUACCUGGGGACGUACAGCCCGGAGACCGUGAAGCAGAGGGUGAUCGAGGUUCUGUACAGCUGGACGACAUGGCUGAAGGACGAGGCCAAGGUCCAGGAGGCCUACCGCAUGCUCAAGAAACAAGGGGUGAUCAAGAAAGACCCCAAGCUACCAGCAACCAUAGUAAUGCCACCACCAACAGAAAGACCGGAAGGUUCUCUCUUUGAUGACGAAGACAAAUCUAAGCUGUUGGCGCGGUUACUGAAGAGCAGUAAGCCAGAGGAUCUGCAGACAGCCAAUCGCCUGAUCAAGAACACCAUCAAAGAGGAGCAGGAGAAGGUGGAGCGGGUGAGCAGGCGCCUCAGCACGCUGGAGGAGGUGGAGAAGAGCACGGCCCAGCUCAGAGAACUGCUGGAGCAGCACAGGAGCAGCGCCACACACACUGCAGCCACGCCACACAUGAAGACUGUUUAUGAACGCUGUGACAAGCUCAGACCCAACCUCUUCCGUCUGGCCAGUGACACUGUGGACGACGACGAGGCCUUAGCUUUAAUUCUGCAGGCCAACGACAAGCUGACUUCUGUGGUUAACCUCUACAAAGAGACGGUAGAAAAACAGGAAGUGAACUGCAAUGGAGGCACGGGGCCGUCUGUUGACGCAGUUUCAGAGCCUGCCAGCCCAAUCAGGAGCUACCAUCUUAUUGAUUUCUGUGCUUUUGAGGGGUCACAACCAAAUUCGUCAGCAUCGCCGGCUGACUCCUCUCCUAAUCACAGAGCCUCAGAGGACUCCAAUGCCCUCCUGAUUUUUGACGAUGACAUGGUGUCUCUGGGGGUUGCAAGCCCCUCCCCCUCUCCGAUGAGUCCCUCCAGGUCCUACUUUGAGGAGCUCAUCGAGCUGGAGGAUAUUGUCAGGAGUCCAGAGCGACCAGCCAAGGACACUGGACUGCAGCAGAGGGCUAAUGGAACAGAUCCCGUCCUCAUUGCAAGGGGCUGUGGACUGAACUCCACAACCCAGAAUGGGUCAUCAGGGGCAGCUAUCCAACCCAGGCCUGCGCUGGGUAACCUGGGUAACCUGGGCAACCAGAAUCAACCCUCUGUGAUGUCACAGCCUCCACUGGACAAGUCGCUGACGGACAUCUUUGUGUCUUUAGAUUCUGUGAAACCAAGCCGGCUGGAGCCAAUCACCGUGUACGACCGCUGGGGGGUCCACGUGUGCCUGCACUUCUGCCGGGACAGCCCCCCCACACGCCCAGACAUCGCCGUGGUGAUCGUCUCCACGGUGAACACUUCAGCGCUGCCCAUAUCAGACGUCCAGUUCCAGGUUGCCGUCCCAAAGAGUAUGGUGGUGAAGCUGCAGCCGGCCACAGGGAAGGACCUGCCCCCGUACAACCCUCUGUUGCCCCCGGCCUCCAUCUCACAGAUCCUGCUGCUGGCCAACCCUCAGAGGACUCCGGUACGCCUGAGGUACAAACUGACCCUCAAACACGGUGAUGAGAUGAUCAACGAGCCGGGCGAGAUAGACCACUUCCCUGAGUGGCACUCCUUGACCAGGUCUUGACCACCACCACUGGGCAGUGGGGAGAGCAGGAGACUGAGGGGGAGCAGAUAACAGGACCCCGAUAACAGACGGAAUGCUGCUGGCAAACAAAAUGUGUGUGUGUGUGUGUGUGUGUGUGUGUGUGUGUGUGUGUGUGUGUGUGUGUGUGUGUGUGUGUGUGUGUGUGUGUGUGUGUGUGUGUGUGUGUGUGUGUGUGUGUGUGUGUGUGUGUGUGUGUGUGUGCGUGUGCGUGUGCGUGCGUGUCGAGAGGCAGGGUAUGGAAUGGUACACUCUUCGUAAAAAAGGUGCUAUAUAGAACCAAAAAACAUGCUUCAUAUAUGGCACCCCUAAAUGGUUCUUUAAACCAUUUUGAAGGGUCCGUCAAAGGAACCCCUAAGGGUUCUUUAAAGCCUGCAUGGUUCUACAGUAUAUAGCACCACAGAGUGUAGUAUUUGAAAUGAUUUUGUCCGAAGGAAAUAAGAUUAAUACCAAGUGUGUGCGUGCACAUGUGCGUGUGUGUGUGUGUGUGUUUGUGUAAAGGAAAUUUGUGGUGGUUGGUUGUUGUGUGAAGCCAUAGAGAUUUAACGCCAAAAACAAUGUGUGUUAGUUUAUUUCUCAGGCGUGUUGCUGUGCAUUAUCGACAAUCUCACUGUGCCAAGCCAUUUUUAAAAAAAAUAGUUCCUGCAUUUUCCCGAAGGACAACAGAGGUACCUGCCUUAGACUUUUGCUUUUAUUCAAGAGCAUUUUUUUUAACAUGGCUGACAUCUUUGCACUGCAGUCAUUCUAUUUAUUUAGCCAAGGUUGUGUUUUUAUGUAACUGCUGUCACUAAAGUUGUUUUUGUUGCUAAAAUGAUUUAGACAUGGCGUGUUUUUUUUUUUUUGGGGGG